GGCAGUUGGGUUGCCAAUUAAUGAUCCGAUUUCUGUUGUUGAUGUGGAUAAAGAAACCAGAGUUAAAAGUGAUGCACAAACAGAUGGAGUGCCCAUAACACCAAUCCAUUUAAAAUUUGAUGAAUCUCAGCAAACCGGUGAUAUGGAGAAUGCUAAUGCUGAAUUUACCGCAUCAGAGGAAAUGAUAGCGGACUUGCUAGUCAACUGUCCUUUAGCAUGUGUUAUUCCUCUCGGUCCUUCUCCUGUACCACGCGAUGAUCAAGCCGAUUUGUCAAGUUUAAGGACCCCUCAGAAUCCGGACGAUAACCCGGUAACGAUCUCUCAGUGGAUGAUUCCUGAUUCUCAGAUACCAAUCCAACUUGGAGUACAACCAACAACUGGACAAAGUUCAACUAAUGAAACUGAACAGCAAGUUGGAGUACAACCGAUCGUUGGCCACAGUUCAAGUGAUGAAACUGGACAACAAGUUCCUGUACAACCAAAUGCGGGUCAAAGCUCAAGUGGUGAGACUGCACAACUUUCAAACCCUGAAAAAUAAAUCAUUGUCCAUCCA